AUGGUAGUAGUAGUAGAUUACUUCACCAAGGGGGUAGAGGUGGAGGCAUUGGCCAUAAUCUCAGCCACGAAGGUGUGGAAGUUCUUCCUCCAUUCUUUCAUUUAUAGAUAUGGAAUCCCAAGAACCCUUAUCACAAAUAAUGGGAAGCAAUUUGAGCAAAAGCUUAAGGAGUUUAGUGAUCGGUAUGAGAUUCAACUGCAUAAGACUUCAGUAGCACAUCCCCAAUCUAAUGGCUUAGCUAAAGCCAUGAACAAAAUCUUGAUCGAUGGGAUCAAAAAGAAGUUAGAGAUAGCCAAAUGGGCUGAAAAGCUACCAAACAUCCUAUGGGCAUAUCGGACAACCACAAGGCUUGCAACAGGUGAAACUCCAUUUAUGUUGACGUAUGGAACUGAAGCAAUGAUUCCUAUGGAAAUUGGAGAAACUUCACUAAGGGUACAACUCAAUGACCUAGAGACUAGUGAUGAAAAUCUGAGAGCAAAUUUGGAUCUGCUAGAGGAAAUCAGAGAGACGGCAUAUGUAAGGAAUGUUGCGCACUGA